CGGCUCCACCCGAGGUUCGCAGCAGGGACCGGUCCCGAGCUCGGACUCCUCGCGAGCGUCGGGACAAGGAUCCGCCCAGCCCCCAGUGCCCGGCUCCACUCGGGUGUCCGUGGAAGAAUCGACUCCGCCCCUGGCCUCCCCCCGAGAGUCGGUAGAAGGGUCCGCCCCGCCCUUGACCGGCCCCACUUCUAUACCUACGCCCCGGGAGAGUCUCAAUCAGAGCAUGGCGAGUCGGGAGAAGGCGAGUGUCGCGGGCCACAUGUUCGACGUAGUCGUGAUAGGAGGCGGCAUCUCAGGGCUGUCUGCCGCCAAACUCUUAGCUGAACAUGAAGUGAAUGUUUUGGUCUUAGAAGCGCGGGACAGAGUUGGAGGAAGAACAUACACUGUGAGGAAUGAACACGUCAAUUACGUAGAUGUUGGCGGGGCAUAUGUGGGACCAACCCAGAAUAGAAUCUUACGGUUAUCUAAGGAGCUGGGUCUAGAAACUUACAAAGUGAACGUAUGUGAGCGGCUUGUUCAAUAUGUAAAGGGGAAAACUUAUCCUUUUCGGGGCGCCUUUCCUCCGGUGUGGAAUCCUGUCGCGUAUUUGGAUUACAACAAUCUGUGGCGGACAAUGGAUAACAUGGGGAAGGAGAUUCCAGCCGAUGCACCAUGGGAGGCUCCACAUGCUAAGGAAUGGGACAAGAUGACCAUGAAAGAGCUCAUCGAUAAAAUCUGCUGGACAAAGACUGCUAGGCAAUUUGCAUAUCUCUUCGUGAACAUCAAUGUGACCUCUGAACCCCACGAGGUGUCUGCGCUGUGGUUCCUGUGGUACGUGAAACAGUGUGGAGGCACCACUCGGAUAUUCUCGGUUACCAACGGGGGCCAGGAACGGAAGUUUGUGGGUGGAUCUGGUCAAGUGAGUGAACGGAUAAUGGACCGCCUCGGGGACAGGGUGAAGCUGAAGCGUCCCGUCACCUAUGUUGACCAGUCAGGUGACAACAUCAUCAUAGAGACGUUGAAUCAUGAAGUGUAUGAGUGCAGAUACAUAAUUAGCGCCAUCCCUCCAACAUUGACUGCCAAGAUGCACUUCAAACCAGAGCUUCCGUCAGAGAGAAACCAGUUAAUUCAACGUCUUCCGAUGGGAUCUAUCAUUAAGUGCAUGAUGUAUUACAAGGAGGCCUUUUGGAAGAAGAACGAUUAUUGUGGCUGUAUGAUCAUUCAAGAUGAGGAAGCACCCAUCUCAAUAACUCUGGAUGACACCAAGCCAGAUGGAUCACUGCCUGCUAUCAUGGGCUUCAUACUUGCCCGAAAAGCAGACCGACUUGCCAAGCUCCAUAAAGAAAUCAGGAAGAAGAAAAUCUGUGAGCUCUACGCCAAAGUGCUAGGAUCCCAAGAAGCUUUACACCCCGUGCACUAUGAAGAGAAGAACUGGUGCGAGGAGCAAUACUCUGGGGGCUGUUACACCGCCUACUUCCCCCCUGGGAUCAUGACUCAAUAUGGAAGGGUGAUCCGCCAGCCGGUCGGCAGGAUUUACUUUGCGGGCACUGAGACUGCCACACACUGGAGCGGUUACAUGGAAGGGGCAGUAGAGGCUGGAGAGAGAGCUGCUAGAGAGGUCUUGAAUGCUCUCGGGAAGGUGGCGAAGAAGGACAUCGAGGUUCAAGAACCUGAAUCAAAGGACGUUCCAGCUGUAGAGAUCACCCGCACCUUUUGGGAGAGGAACCUUCCCUCAGUGUCAGGACUGCUGAAGAUCAUCGGAUUUACCACCUCAGUAACUGCCGCGUGGAUUGUGGUGUACAAAUUCAGGCUCCUGUCCCGGUCAUGAGGUUCUUCUGCCUGUGUCCUUCUGCUUCUCUUCCCCAGCAGCAUCAAAAGCAAAUUGUUGGCAAAGGCUGUGUCGUUGGACUGUUGUUAAUAUGCACCGGAUUUAACCCCUCGGUGUAGUCUCAUUCGGUGUCAGAGUAAAAACAACCCAAAAAACCACCUCGUAAUUUCAAUAAGAUCAAACUUCAUCGUA